AUGGAUGCCGUGGUACCACCAGCUAGAAGUGGUAGUGGCUCAACUUAUGGUGCUCCGUGUGGCAAAAAUUAUACUACAGUUAAUCAGACCACCAUUAGCUCUUUUCCUAAGUCAAAACAAUAUUCUAUCAGUGGUGCAGAAAAUAUAACAACUUUUGUUGAUUUGUCCAAAGCUGGCGCAACUGUUGGAAGUCAAGGUGUUCUUCAAUCAGUUUAUUUUGAGGGUAAUGCUACUUCUCCAACCGAUACAACAUUGUACGUAUGUGCUGAUAUUAAAAUCACUGCAGAAGGUACUUCUCCAAGCUCAAGCUCUGGACCUAGUGGAAGUGGUACCAUUAAUGCUCCACACAUCAUGUUUACUCUUUUUAUUGGGUUAUUUCUGUUUAUUUAUUUAAUAUUUUAA